GCAGUGAUCCUGCAGGAACUGGAGGCUCCCAGUUGUGUGACAGGAGCAGUGAUGCUGUGACAGCAGGGGAUGUACACGGAUGCACCUGGAGAAAAGGUGGUGCCGAGCCUGAGCUGAGCGCGGGGAGGGAGCCCGUAAGCGCUGGGACGAGUAGAAUAUGAGUGAGAACAGCCACGUCCCAUGGCCGGCUGCAGAUGGCUGCGAGCAGCGUUCCCCAGCCUGCAGCAAUGGGGAUGAGCCACCACCAGAGCCUGAUGGGGAGCAGAGCCUGGCGAACGGUGCGGAGCAGGACGGCGGCACGGGCAGCCCCAGCAGCGCAGGUCCGGAGCACAGGGGCUCCCCUAGGCAGGAGGACCUUGGUGAGACCCUCAGCAAGGAGCGGUGGCACAGCAUCCUGGGGUCCUCGGGAGCUCUGAGCAUUGAUGAGCAGGAGGAGGAGCUCGGGUUUGCUUCUGGAGAUGCCAAGCUGAGCUGCAGUGAGGAUGACAAGGAACAUUUUCAAUUCAAAGACAUCAGGGAUGGGUUCAGCUCAACCUUUGAGAAGAUCGUUGAGUCUGACCUUAUGAAGGGUACAUACUACAGCAGCUUGGACUCUUUGGAUGUCCUCUCUCUCACAGAUGAGACAGACAGCUGUGUCAGUUUUGAGGCCCCACUCACCCCAUUGAUCCAGCAAAGAGUCAAGGACAGCCCAGAGCUCCUGGAGCAGAAACUGGUAGCCCAGCAGAGAGAAGCUCUUCACCACACGGCUGCUGAUAAGCAAGAGCAGGCAGCAGCGAAGCCAGUGGAGGGGGAUUUUGGGAGCCCUCUCAGGCACUCAAUCACCAGCAGCAGGUCAGAGAAUGUGCUAAGCCGGUUGUCCUUGAAGAGUAUCCCAAACGGGUUCCACGUGGAAGGGUCAGAGGAAGAUGCCACCAAGAUCAUUAACUCCAUCAGCGACGCCAGCUUGAAAGAUGCACUGUCAGACUCCGACUCUGACCUGGGCAGCACGGAGCAGCUUGACCAGGGCAGCACAGACACCUUGGCCAACGGCUGCAGGGCAGAUAGCGAGGCUGCCAAGAGGCUGGCCAAGCGCCUUUACAACCUUGAAGGGUUCAAGCGCUGCGAUGUGGCACGCCAGCUUGGGAAGAAUAACGAGUUUAGCAAGUUGGUAGCAGAGGAGUAUCUCAGCUUCUUUGACUUCACUGGCCUGACCCUUGACAAAGCACUCAGGACAUUCUUGAAAGCAUUCCCACUGAUGGGAGAGACACAGGAGCGGGAGCGCGUGCUCAUCCAUUUCUCCCGGCGGUACUGCCAGUGCAACCCAGAGGAGAGCACAUCCGAAGAUGGGAUUCAUACGCUCACCUGUGCCCUGAUGCUGCUAAACACAGAUCUUCAUGGCCAUAAUAUUGGCAAGAAGAUGUCGUGUCAACAGUUCAUAACAAACCUGGAUGGGCUGAAUGAUGGGAAAGACUUUGCAAAGGAUUUGCUGAAGACACUAUAUAACUCCAUCAAGAAUGAGAAGCUGGAGUGGGCCAUCGAUGAGGACGAGUUGAGGAAGUCGCUCUCGGAGCUGGUAGAUGACAAAUUUGGAGCCAGCGCCAAGAAAGUGACAAGGAUUGUUGACAGCAGCAACCCCUUCCUGGACAUCCCCCAAGCGCUGAACGCAGUCACCUACAAGCAUGGUGUCCUCACACGGAAAACCCAUGCAGACAUGGAUGGGAAGAGAACUCCCAGAGGAAGAAGAGGCUGGAAGAAAUUUUAUGCUGUGCUUAAAGGGACCGUCCUUUAUUUACAAAAGGAUGAAUACAAACCCGACAAAGACCUCUCUGAAGUAGAUCUGAAAAACGCCAUCCGUGUGCACCACGCCUUAGCCACCAAAGCCUCUGACUACAGCAAGAAGUCCAACGUGCUCAAGCUGAAGACAGCUGACUGGAGAGUCUUCCUCUUCCAGGCCCCAAGUAAGGAAGAAAUGCUCUCCUGGAUCCUGAGAAUCAACCUUGUUGCUGCCAUUUUCUCUGCCCCAGCCUUCCCAGCUGCAAUCUGCUCCAUGAAGAAGUUCUGCCGCCCACUCCUGCCUUCAUCCAUGACCAAGCUGUGCCAGGAGGAACAGCUGAGGUCUCAUGAAAAUAAAAUGAAGCAGAUUGCAGAUGAAUUAGCAGAGCAUAAAUUACAUCCUGUAGAGAAGAGCCUUAAGUCAAAAGAGGCUGAGGAAUACAGACUCAAAGAACAUUACCUAAUAUUCGAGAAGAGCCGCUAUGAGACAUACAUCAACCUGCUGUGCAUGAAGAUAAAAGUCGGGACAGAUGACCUGGAGAGAAUUGAAACCAGUUUCUUUAAGGUGGAAGCUGACGACAUUGCUUUGCGGAAGACACAUUCCAGCCCUUCCUUAAGCCAAGGGCACAUGUCCAUCAGCUGUAAGGUGGAAAAGGACAUUUUAGAGCAGAACACUUAAUAAGGAAAGUGUGCACAGCGGGAUGAACCGGCGAUGCUUUGCUCCUGGAACAGAUUGAUGAGCACAAUUUUACCUAGGAAAUUACAUGAGCAAAACCACAGACGUGUAUGACACGGUGAUUGCUCUAGUGAAAGAAAUCAAAGAAGCUUUAGUUGACACUCUCUGGCAAUGCUCUGGCAUUUCAGCAUCAUAGACACACCAUCUCUUCCUCAUCUCCAACAGCACCAGUGGCUUUUAUUUCCCUCCUACUACAGCCUGUACAACAAAUGGAUAUGCUGGUUCUCUAAGGGCCAGGUUGCUCUUUUGUCCACCAGCCCUCUCUCUCCUCCUCCUUCUCUCCCUGGAGUCCCCUCCAGUUCCUGUCCACAGCGCUCGGCAGUGCAGGAAACUGAGCCGAGAUGUUGGUCUGUGGCACCAGCAGCGCUCCCAGAGAAGGGCACAGUGUGGUGGGGAGCAGGUCCCUCCCAUGAGAGGAGCACCGGUGAGCAGGGUGGCAGCAUGGGUGUCAUGAGCCACUCACCGACCAAGCGAGAG